AUGUCUCAAGGGCCGCCACCUCCUCCCCCCGCCAGCCUCUUUGGCUUCGGCUCUGUCACCGGCCCCGGCCUCGUCCCAGACCUCACGGGCAUGAAUGCCAACAUCCCAGACACGGAGAUCACCGCAGACGGCCUACCACUACUCGAUAAUUCCAUGUACACUGGCUUCGACUCAAUGUCGAUGUCCCUCGACACCUCAGACAUGUCAACGGGCUUCAAUCCGCUUUCCGCCGCCGGGCCCUCAAUUUCUCAGACUACCAUGGCCAGCCCUGAUGGCGGCCAGAGAUUUUCAAUGUCUGGGACCGAGGAUAAUGGCCCCGGUUCGGGCCCUCUUCCCGUUUCUACCUUUGGUUCGCAACAGGGCCACUCUGGUGGGUCCACCCUGACCGAAUUCACGAAAAGGAGGAACUGGGCCGCCAAGGUGGUCGAGGAGCUGAAGGACUUCCUCCAGAUCCUCGAUGCCCACGGGAGAAUCAAGCAGGUAUCGCCGAGCAUCACAGCACUCACCGGUUACAGCGCCGAGGAUGUGCUCGAGCGAUUCCUCAAGGACUUCAUACACCCCGACGAUAAUGGAGUCUUCGUGUCCGAACUCAACGAAUCAAUAGCCACGGGGAACCCCUUGAGAUUAUUCUACAGAUUAAAGAAGAAGGACGGCAAUUAUGCCAUAUUCGAAUCUAUAGGCCACGGCCACAUCGCCGCUGCCAAGUUCGCGCCAAACCCCAACAACCAGUCUCCCUUUUGCCAAGCAGUCUUUAUGAUGUCUCGGCCUUACCCUACAAAGAACGCGAGCCUCCUCGACUCCUUCCUAGAACACAAGAUCGAGAACGAGCGGCUAAAGCGGAGGAUUGCCGAACUACGAAAGGAGGAAGCCGAAGAUGCAGACGAAGCCCAACGAAUGUGGCGCCAGAGUCAGGAAGCCAGGUCAGAUAUCACCAUGUCAGAGGACGCAAUGGGCGCAUCAAACGGCGGUGGCAACUCAUCCUAUUCCCAAUUCAACCCUGCAAUGCCUCCACCCGAGAGGCCAGCUUCGAUCAAUGCGUCACUCACCCGGGAGAACCUCGAAGGCUCUAUCGCCGGCGGCCGCACAGACACGAUCCGCGACAAGAUGGCCCGGUACGAGGGCUCUUCACAUGCCGACACAAUCGAGAUGCUCACGGGCUUGCGGUAUCAGGAAGGGGAACGGAGCAAGGGCAUCACGACCGGAAACGCAAGCCCGACCCUCAUCAAGGGAGAUGCGGGGAUUGCCAUCCCCGUAGAUCGGGAUCCGCGCACCGGAGAGAAGAAGAAGAAGCUCAAGGUCGCGGAAGAAUACGUAUGCACAGACUGCGGUACGCUCGACUCGCCCGAAUGGCGGAAAGGACCCAGUGGCCCAAAGACGCUCUGUAACGCGUGUGGUCUUCGCUGGGCUAAGAAAGAGAAGAAGAGGAACCAGAACAGCGUCAGUGGGACUGUUACCAACUAA